AUGUCUACUUUGCAGCGUCGUAGAAAACAAGCUCGUAGUGAUUCAGUUGGGUCUAGUGGUACUGAUAGCAAUGAUAAUGAACCUACUAAUCGUCAAGCUGAAUCAAGAAGAGUAGCUUAUGAUCCAGAAGAAGAUAAAAUUAGAAAUAACAUGAGCGUCCCACAAUUAACCUUGAUGGAAGAGGUGGUUUUGUUAGGGCUAAGAGAUAAAGAAGGUUAUUUGUCGUUUUGGAAUGACAACAUUUCUUAUGCUUUACGUGGUUGUAUCAUUAUCGAAUUAGCUUUAAGAGGUAAAAUUCGUAUUCUUGAUGAUCCUGCAAGAAAAAGAUUCGAAUUAUCCGAAAGAUUGGUUGAAGUUGUUGAUUCAAGUAAGACUGGGGAAGUCUUGUUGGAUGAAGCCUUGCAAAUCAUGAGAAAUGAUGAGCCUUUGGCAAUUUCCAAUUGGGUUGAUUUAUUAAGUGGCGAAACUUGGAAUGUAUUCAAGAUUAAUUAUCAAUUAAAACAAGUUAGAGAGAGAAUAUCAAAAGGUCUGGUUGAUAAAGGUGUUCUAAGGACAGAAAUGAAAAAUUUCUUCUUAUUCGAUAUGGCUACCCAUCCAGUGACGGAUUCAAGUUGUAAAGAAGCUAUUAAGCGUAGAAUCUUAUCUAUUUUAGUUAAUAGAACAGCAGAAUUCACAUAUAAUGAUUAUUUUCCAGAAACAACCUCUUUUAAAUAUAUUAGAACCAUUUCUUUAAUAUGUAGUGCCUACGGUGCAAACGUUUUAGAAAAUGUCUUGAAUUCUUUGGAAUACCAAAAGAGAGAUAAUGGGUUGAAUAGAGCUGAAGAAUUGUUGGAACAAUUUUCUCAAUAUCCAUUUGAUUUGGAAAAGCAAACUGAAUUUGGUACUUCUAUUAAUUUAAACGCAUUGGUUAAAGAGGAAAUUGAGGCUGAUCCAAAGAAUGCAUUAUUUUUAGAAGUAGUGGCUGGUGUUUUUGAAGUAUUUUCUAAAAUGGAUUUAUUAUUAUAA